GACAUUUGCUCCCUGAAGGUCAACUCAAAGGUCGUUACCGCCCCCUUUUCGUUCACGUGGUGCUUCAGUGUCUGGGGUCGGCAUUUCUCUGAGUUAUUUUCCAUUUUCCAUCACUGCUGGAAUAGGGUAGGGAUUUAAGAAAGAAGGCCAUCAGUGUGGAUUGAUUGUCUUUACAAUACAUUGGCAAACUCUGCUCUCUAGCUUGAGCAGAGUUCUUGAAAGCUUGAUAGGAUCCUUUUGAUUGAAUUAUUUCUAAAAAAAAAUAUCAGUAAAUACAUCUAGAGUUUUUUUUUAAUAUAUCGGCUAUAACUACCUUUUGCGCCCUCUAAAGUUGAUUAAGCUUUAAAAUUCAUUGACUGUGAUGUGAUUUUAAAGUCUUCAGCAAGCAAUGCAAAUAAUAUCACUGUCACAAUGAGUCGUGUUCUCUCAAGUAAGGUGAGCACGACACCAUUUGAGGGCCAAAAGCCAGGCACCAGUGGCCUCCGCAAGAAGGUCACAGAGUUCCAGAAGCCCCGUUACACUGAGAACUUUGUGCAAAGCACGCUCUCAGCUCUAGGAGACAAGAUUGAUGGCUGCACACUGGUUGUCGGAGGUGAUGGCCGCUUCUUCACCAAGGAAGCUGUGGCCAUCAUCAUCAAAAUGGCAGCUGCCAAUGGAGUGAAGCGUCUGAUUGUGGGCCAGCAUGGUGUGCUCUCGACUCCUGCAGUAUCCUGCCUGAUCCGCAAGCACCAGACCAUGGGCGGCAUCAUUCUGACAGCCAGCCACAACCCUGGUGGCCCCGACGGCGACUUUGGCAUCAAGUUCAACUGCGCCAACGGAGGUCCGGCUCCGGAAGCGGUCACGUCGGAGAUCUACCAGAUCUCCACCAAGAUCAGCUCGUACAGCAUCGCCGACAUCAGCUGCGACAUCGACGCCAUCGGCAGCUCGUCCUACUCGGUGGACGGUCGUCUGUUCAUUGUGGACGUGGUGGACUCUGUGGACGACUACGUCCACCUGAUGCGGCAGAUUUUCGACUUUGACGCCAUCCGACAGCUGCUGACCGGUUCGGACGGCAACGAGCCGCUCCGAAUCCGGGUCGACUGUCUCAACGGAGUGACGGGCCCGUACGCGCGGCGCGUGUUCUGCGAGGAGCUCGGCGCGCCGGCGGACGCCGUGGUCCACAGCCAGCCCCUGGCCGAUUUCGGCGGCCUCCACCCCGACCCGAACCUGACCUACGCCAAACCGCUGGUGGAGGCCGUCAAACAGGGCGGGCAGGGCUUCGGAGCCGCCUUCGACGGAGACGGGGACCGUAACAUGAUUAUCGGCGAGGGCGCGUUCUUCGUGAACCCGUCCGACUCUCUGGCAGUGCUGGCCAACAACCUGGACUGUAUUCCCUACUUCCGUCGGCUGGGGGUGCGCGGCCUGGCGCGCAGCAUGCCGACAGGGUGUGCUCUGGACAGGGUGGCGGCCGCCAAGAAGCUCGAGUGUUUCGAGGUGCCCACCGGCUGGAAGUUUUUCGGUAAUCUGAUGGACGCCGGUCGGCUGUCGCUCUGCGGCGAGGAGAGCUUCGGCACCGGGUCGGACCAUGUCCGCGAGAAGGACGGCAUCUGGGCGGCGCUGGCGUGGCUGUCGGUGAUCGCGCAGCGCCAACAGAGCGUCCAGCAGAUCCUGGAGGCGCACUGGGACCAGUACGGCAGGAACUUCUUCACACGGUACGACUACGAGAACUGCGAGUCGGCGCCCUGCGAGAAGAUGAUGUCGGAGCUGAACCAGCUGGUGGCCGAUCCGUCCACCGUCGGGAAGACGUACUCCAGCGGCGGGAAGAGCUAUACGGUCAGCAAGGCGGACAACUUCUGCUACACCGACCCCGUCGACAACAGCGUCACCAAAAACCAGGGUAUCCGUCUGAUCUUCUCUGAUGGCUCCCGGGUCGUGUUCCGGCUGAGUGGCACUGGUAGCAGCGGCGCCACCGUACGAAUGUACGUGGAGAGCUACGAGAAGGAUAACACCAGGAUGGACGCGCAGGCGGCGCUGGCUCCGCUGGUGGAUAUCGCGAUCACCGUCAGCAAACUGAAGGAGUACACGGGCCGCAGCGAGCCUACCGUCAUCACGUGAUCUGCCCCUGCACCUCCCCUCCCUCACUGGGUCGACACAGUGCCCCCCCCCCCUCCCCGGGUCAGCACACUGCCCCCCCCCCUACCCCCACUGCCGGGCAGCACUGCCGGCCCCUACCUCUGGUGCAAUCUGUAGUACUCAGUAGUCUGACUGACACAAUCGCCAGGAAGACAUCGUAGUUUAAACUCGUUAGGUCAACUAACUCAAUAAGGGCUGUUAAAGACAGUAUAUUGUGGGCGUUCAACUCGGUUGUAGUUGCCUCAAAUUGUUGGCGUUGCUUGGCUGGUUUUCGGCUGUGCGUUUGUUUGAAUUUCGCGUUAACCUCCCAGAGGUAAUCGAUAUGCGCUGUUCAGGGAAGAAUGCAUGCUCGGGCUGCCUGUUAGAAUUUAAAAGUUGGAAAUAUAAUGUUUGAGAAA